CCAACCACUCAACCUCAGACCCUUGUCUUGUCCAUGCCCACUUUGUCCUAUCCCAAUCGUACAUUCGUCACGGUGCUGUCCUCCAAGAGAGCGAUUUAAAAAACAACCAAUUCAACCCCUUCCCGUCUCAUCAUAAUUUUUGCCUUCGCAUCAGACUCUGAAUACUUUACUUUUGACCCUUCUUCGCUAUCUCCUCUUCCCAGACUUGCUUUCCAAUUGACACAAUCCAUACUAUCUCACACACAAUCAUGGCUUCAUCUCUUGACCAACUCAAGGCCACUGGCACAGUCGUUGUCAGUGACUCUGGUGAUUUCAACUCAAUUGCCCAAUACAAGCCUCAAGAUGCUACCACCAACCCCUCCCUCAUCCUGGCCGCAUCCAAGAAGCCCGAGUAUGCCAAAUUGAUCGAUCCUGCCGUCGAGUAUGGAAAGGCUCACGGCAAAACCAUUGACGAGCAAGUUGACGCCACCCUUGACCGACUCUUGGUUGAGUUCGGCAAGGAAAUCUUGAAGAUUGUCCCAGGCAAGGUGUCAACUGAAGUCGAUGCUCGGCUCUCUUUCGAUACCCAAGCCUCCGUCGAUAAGGCUCGCCACAUCAUCGCUCUCUACAAAGAACAAGGCAUUGAUAAGUCUCGUGUCUUGAUCAAGAUCGCCUCGACCUGGGAAGGUAUCAAGGCCGCCGAGAUCCUUCAAAAGGAGGGUAUCAACACCAACUUGACCCUGUUGUUCUCCAUCGUCCAGGCCAUUGCCGCCGCCGAGGCCGGUGCCUUCCUCAUCUCACCCUUCGUUGGCCGUAUUUUGGAUUGGUACAAGGCUGCCCUGAAAAAGGACUUCCCCGCCUCUGAAGAUCCAGGUGUCAAGAGCGUGCAGCAGAUCUUCAACUACUACAAGAAGUAUGACUAUAAAACCAUCGUGAUGGGUGCCUCUUUCCGGAACGUCGGUGAAAUCACCGAGCUUGCUGGAAUCGACUACUUGACCAUCUCACCCAACUUGUUGGAUGAUCUCCACAAGUCUACCGACAAGGUCCCCCAGAAACUCCACGCUGAGGAGGCAAAGUCACUUGACAUCCCCAAGCGCACCUACAUCAACAAUGAGGCCGACUUCCGCUUCGACUUCAACGAAGAGCAAAUGGCCGUGGAGAAGCUCAGAGAAGGUAUCAGCAAGUUUGCUGCUGAUGCCGUGACCCUGAAGGGCAUUCUCCGGGAGAAGAUUGAGAAGGCCUAAUUUGCGUCUUACCAGGAUAUCUAUUUCUUUGGACGUGAAAAGCGAUGGCACGGGUCUCGCCCUCAUUGACACGACUCCAAAUUUCGUACGAGUUUGAACCAAGGACAACACGUGGAAUUUGCAGUGGUUAUGAGUACAUAGGUGUAUACAUUUUCUGUAACGAGACUGUCAUGAACCCCCCGAAAAUAUCAAGAUCCAUGUGACUCUG